AUGGAAGACGGCCCGCUGCCAGACCUCAGAGACAUCGAGCUGAAGCUAGGGCGCAAAGUACCCGAGAGCCUAGUGCGCUCGCUCCGUGGGGAGGAGCCGGUUCCCCUGGAAAGGGACAGGGACCCCUGCGGGGGGAGCGGCGGCGGCGGCGGCUGCAGUAGCAGCAGCAGCAGCAGCUGCAGCCUCCCCCCCUCCCUGUCGUCGUCCUCCUCGUCCUCUCCAACCUCUGGCUCCCCACGUCGUAGCCACUGCAGCGCCCUGGAGAGGCUGGAAACCAAGCUGCACUUCCUCAGGCGAGAGAUGGUUAACCUCAGAGCCACAGAUGUGAGGCUCAUGCGCCAGUUGCUUGUUAUCAACGAGAGCAUUGAGUCCAUCAAGUGGAUGAUUGAAGAGAAGGCCACCAUUACCAGCCGAGGAAGCAGUCUCAGUGGCAGCCUGUGCAGUUUAUUGGAGAGUCAGAGCACCUCCUUACGUGGCAGCUACAAUAGCCUGCAUGAUGGCAGUGAUGGGCUGGAUGGCAUCUCCGUGGGGAGCUUUCUGGACACUCUGGCAGAUGAUGUCCCAGGCCAUCAGACCCCAUCAGACUUGGACCAAUUCAGUGACAGCUCCAUAAUAGAGGACUCACAAGCACUGCACAAGCACCCCAAACUGGAUUCUGAAUACUACUGCUUUGGCUAA